AUGAAUUUCAAAACCUCUAUUUUAAUCGUAGUUGUUGUACUUUUAUCAGUAUCUCAAAGCGCUAUUGCAUGCGUAUACGACUCUGAAUGUGGUCCAACUGGUAGAUGUAUAAAUGCUCGUUGUGUAGUUGUUUAG